AUGGUAAUUAACACAUCCGAUUCACGUAUAGUUAUUUGUUCACAGUGGAAGUCGCGAUGGUGUGUCAUGCGGAAGCUGUCGCCCGUCGCAGAUUGUGUUCAUCUGCAAGUAUAUCGCGACUCUAAAGCCCGAUGGGGAGGAGCAGCGAGCAAGGCCUCGCUCUCGCUGCAGCAGUACCUGGGCUGCGAGGCGGGCUUCACCCUCGACAAGCACUCGCACACUCUCGCGCUACUCUGCCGAGAUUUCACCGCCGUUUUGGCAUUCGAGACACGCGAGAGGCUUAUACAGUGGCAGGUGAAAGUCGGGGCCCAGCUCGGAGAGGCCCGGCAGUACUUAGUCCUGGUGGGGUCCCCGGGUGGGGCGGCGGGCGCCGGCAAGCGCCUGCCGCUCGGCCCCGCGCACCUUCACCUACACCACCGGCGCUUCGCCCUCACCUCGGGCGUGCCGCCGCGUCUGCUUGGCGUUUGGGAAAUCGCACAUUUAAGACGGUAUGGCGUAGUGGAUGGGCGGUUUUGUUUCGAAGGAGGGUCACACUGUGGUAAGGGAGAGGGUCUGCACGUGUUGGUCACUGAUCAAGCAAAUGAAAUUGCAAGAGACUUCGAUCUUGCGUCAAGAGGGCAACUCUCACCCAGAAGAAGGCCUUCGGGGCUUAGAAAAGAUGGUACGCAGAGUCCUCAUUCUCAUAUCUCUUUUAAAAAAUCUGACCUACGAAGAUUAGAAUUGAACACGAUAGAUAGAUCAUUACCACCAACAGAUAUGCGCCUUUAUGAAGAUCCGUGUAAUGAUGAGAUGGGGGCAAUUUCUCCCUAUUGGCCUUCUGCAGAGCGUACGCAGUUUCAAGAUAUGGGAUUAGGAGAUACAGCAUCUGUAAAUGAAACCGUAGAUGGCGCCGAUAUGGCUCCUUGGAACGGAAACGGAAAUGUGAUGCUAGAAAGAUGCAUGAGUUGUAUAUCAAAAUUGGGGGCCUUAUCCAGGUCAUCUACAGCUGCGCUAACACCUGGAGCUAAACAUUUUAGUCCAGCAUGGACCAUGGAAGCAUUAGAUGAGAGCCAUAGUGAAAUUGGAAUAACUGAAGCCGCUUUUAGUAAGGAGGCAAUAAUUAGUGGAGUAAAGACUGAAGAAGUGUGUCGAUGUCCAUCAGAUAGGCCGCCUGAACGUCCACCAAAACCUACUAGAUUGGAGUUAAAUCUUACAAAAAAACCUCCAAUGCCUUUACCAGUGAGGUCAUUCAGUCACACACAAUUAUCAGCAAUUGGAGAAAAUAAUCCAAGUAUAGGCCCUUACGAGAAUUAUGAUGUACCAAAAAUACCUUCAGCUGAGGUUGAAGGAGAAUACUACGAUACUCCAAAAAGGCUUAAAGAAUGCCUUAAUAAUGAAUUAUUUAAAAUAACAAAGAGUUCUACCUCAAAUACUUUAAUACUGAAAAAGCCUUGUGGAUGUCUAUUAAAAUUAGGAAAGAAAGCAAAACAAGCAACUGUAAUUGAUACGGACGAAACCUUUCAACCUGCGAAUUGUCCAUGUCAAAGAGUAACGGAUUGGGCUAAUAACUGGAUUAAGCUGCCCUAUUGUAAACGGAAUAUCGACGAGAAAGAAACAGCAACUUCUAAUGAAGAAAAUGUUAUAAUUGACAACAGUGACCGAACUGCGCUCUAUGCCACUGUAGACCUUUCCCGUAAAACAAGAAGAAAGGCACAAUUUGAUGCUUUGUCAAAUCCUAAUAAUUUAAUGACUCGAAGUUUGGACUCAAGAACACUUGAGAUUGAUGAAGGUCCGCAUGCAAAUUAUGAAAAUCUUAAUUUUGCUUUAUCACUAGAACAUUAUGAAAACGCUAAAGAUUUAUUACGAAAAGCAGGAGUUACUCAAUUGGAACUUGACGCACUUAGUGUAAAUUUAAGGCCAACUAUGGGUUUCACGUCAAUUAGUGGUAAAAGUAUGUGCACUAAAUGUGGUCAUUUUAAAGAAGGCAAAGAAAUGAAAGGCAAUAGAAAAAGUUCCAACGACGAAUAUUUAAUGAUGGAACCAAAUUCAUUGGAAAGCAAUAAAUUUGAAUCAGAUAAAUUGCUACCUUCUGGAUAUACUCCCAUGUCCCCUAUAGGAAGUUUUGGGUUCCAUACUUUAAAAUAUCCCGCCAAGAAUCCAAUUAACAGAUUACUGGAUGAAAAAUCUGCAAGUAACCCUACUUUGUCUGGACCUGAAGAACCUCGACCAAGUGCAAUAUCUCCAGGAGAUCAUGUAGAAUUACGGGCACCGGGACAUCGAGCAGAAUUUAGAAAAAGAUCGAGUUCUGCUGAUUCAUCAAGAUUCCUCGAUGACGUAAAAGAGUUUGAUGGUAGCGUUGGUAGUCGUGGCUCAGCAUCUUCCAUUGAAACUCUACGUGAUAUAGGUGUAAGAGAAACAAGUACUCCUUGUGACUGUGUUACAAGUAAGCAUUCUGACGCUGAUAGUUCUGAGGCAUCAAAAGCAAAGGGUAUAACAGUGACAGCAGGUGGAAAUAGAGAUUCAUCAAGUUCCAACGACUCAGGCGUUUCUAGUUGGUCUUUACGAGGAGAAGCAGCGCCUGGUGCCGCUGAUUUUGAGCUGCCGGCAACUACAGCAGCUACUCGACGGAGAUAUCGAACAGCACGGCGUGCUACUGAUUCGCCUCGCGGCACUCCCCCUCGUAGGUCUCGAUCGUCCGGGGGAACAAGGAACUCUCCGCCUACUACACAUAAGUGCUGCUCUGCAGAAGCAGAAGUUCCAGUUCUUAUUGUAAAACCAUUAAGAGGUGUUAUGGACACGCACAGCACAUCUAGUGGCACCUCUGACAUGUCAGACUACAUAGAAACUCUUUCAAUCUGCUCAUCACAUUCCUCAUCGGAUACUCCUAUUACAAUGAGGGUAAUGCGACAAACGACAAGUACGCUGCGACCACGCUCAGGCAAAGAGUACCAGCCGCUUGCGCCGCGCCUGGCCGCCGGCCUGCGCUCCGCGCAACCACAUUUAUACUCAAAUCUUCCG